GGCUUUUCCAUUAUACAAAACUGAAACCAAACCGAAUUGAACCCAUUUUUUAAGUAAGAAUUCAACUCAUACGAGUUUCAUCAAUGAAUUAUUACAAUGCACCUCAAAUCAGUUAGCAAUCUACCAAAUAUCAGAAAAUUACAUGCCCAUGCCCUCAAAUCUACCAUUUCCACCUCUACCCACCUCGACACAUAUCAUGCACCUGCGCUCACUGGCACUGCCCAGUCCUUUCACAGCCUUCUCUAUGAAUUCACAAAUCAUAAUCAAUUCCAUCAGGCUCUCCGCAUUUCCUAUCAAAUGCACUCUCAAGGCAAUAUGCUUGACAGACGUAGCUUGCCUAGUGUGAUCAAGGCCUGUGCUGCCUUAUCUUUCUUCAACAUUGGCAAGCAGGCUCACUCUGUCGCCUGUGUAUCUGGGUUUGGUUCGAAUUCGCGUGUACUGUCCUCAUUGGUUCACAUGUAUCUCAAAUGCAACAGGAUAAAGGAUGCUCAUAAGGUGUUCGAUAAGCUGCCUCAACCGGAUGUUGUUGCUUACAGUGCUUUGCUUUCUGGUUAUGCGCGGAAGGGCUGCGUAGAAGAGGCAAAGGAGCUGUUUACUAAAAGGGGAGAGUUGGGUGUGGAGCUGAAUUUGAUAUCAUGGAAUGGGAUGAUUGCGGGUUUUAAUCGCAGUGGACACCAUUUUGAUGCAGUUAUUAUAUUCCAAAAUAUGCAUUCUGAAGGAUUUGAACCUGAUGGGACUACUAUUUCUAGUGUGCUAUCAGCAGUUGGUGACUUGAAAAUGUUGGACUUGGGAUUUCAGAUUCAUGGAUGUGGGAUUAAGCUGUGUUUAAUGGAGGACAACAUUGUAGUCAGUGCACUUAUUGAUAUGUAUGGGAAGUGUGCUUGCACUAUAGAGAUGUCCAAAGUGUUUGAUGAAAUGUGUCAUACGGAUAUAGGCACUUGUAAUGCUUUAGUUACUGGGCUCUCACGAAAUGGUCUUGCUGACAAAGCAUUGCAGGUAUUUGGAAAAUUUAAGGAUCGAGGGAUAGAACUGAACAUUGUAUCGUGGACAUCAAUCAUUGCCAGUUGCUCUCAGAACGGGAAGGACAUUGAGGCUUUAGAUCUUUUUAGGGAAAUGCAGGCUACGGGGAUAAAGCCGAAUUCUGUGACAAUUCCAUGCUUGCUUCCAGCUUGUGGAAAUAUUGCAGCAUUAAUGCAUGGGAAGGCAGCACACUGCUUUUCUCUUAAAAGCGGAAUAUCCAAUAAUGUUUAUGUGGGUAGUGCGCUGAUCGACAUGUAUGCAAAGUGUGGAAGAAUCCAUGUUUCCAGGCUAUGUUUUGAUAUGAUGCCAACCAGAAACUUAGUUUCUUGGAAUGCGCUUAUGUCUGGAUAUGCAAUGCACGGAAAGACUAAGGAAGCAAUUUCCGUCUUUCAACAAAUGCAAAGGACUGGGCAAAAGCCUGAUUUUGUUAGCUUUGUUUCUGUAUUAUCUGCAUGCAGCCAGGGUGGUCUAACAGAUGAGGGUUGGCAUUAUUUCAAUAGCAUGUCCAAAGAUUAUGGUAUUGAAGCUAGAUUGGAGCAUUAUGCUUGCAUGGUCAAUCUUCUGGGUCGCACUGGACGGCUGCAGGAGGCAUAUCACAUGAUUGAAGGGAUGCCUUUUGAACCCGAUGCUUGUGUUUGGGGUGCAUUGCUUAGUUCAUGCAGAGUACACAACAAUGUUAAUUUAGGUGAGAUUGCUGCAAAGAAACUCUUUGAGCUAGAACCUAGAAAUUCUGGAAACUACAUUCUUCUAUCGAAUAUUUAUGCUUCUAAGGCAAUGUGGCGGGAAGUAGAUAAUUUACGGGAUAAGAUGAAGAGUGUAGGUUUGAGGAAGAUUCCAGGCUGUAGUUGGAUUGAGAUCAAAAACCAAGUGCAUAUGCUUCUUGCUGGCGACAAAUUACAUCCACAAAUGGCUCAAAUUAUCAAAAAGUUAGCUGACUUGGGCUCGGAAAUGAAAAAAUCAGGAUGCUUUCCUGAGACCGACUUUGUAUUGCAAGAUGUGGACGAACAGGACAAGGAGCAGAUACUAUGCGGCCACAGUGAGAAGUUGGCUGUAGUGCUUGGACUUCUUAACACUAGUGCAGGCUCUCCAAUCCAAGUUAUUAAGAACCUUAGGAUCUGUGGUGACUGUCAUGUUGUUAUCAAAUUCAUAUCCAGAUAUGAACACAGAGAGAUAUUUGUCCGAGACACUAACCGGUUUCAUCAUUUUAAGGAUGGAGUUUGUUCUUGUGGAGAUUACUGGUGAAUCAUAUAAAUGUUUGCUGGGACUAUAAUUCUUCUGUGUUUGUACAUCUUCCUUAUUCUGAUGUGUGAUUCUCAAAGCCUCUCAUCGAAGUAUGAUUCUCACAGCUAGAAGAUUCCAUCGAUGGAAGACAAAUUCCAGAGGAUAGUUGGUGUGAGUGGCCCAUUGUGGGGAUUUGUUGUUUCUUUCAUGCUGUUGAACAUAAAAGCUUGUCCUUUUUGGUGGGUGCAAACCUACAGCAUGUCAUUGCAACCUUAGCAUUGGAGGAUGCUGAUGUAACUGGAUACUUCUCGAGAGUAAAGUCGAAGCUUGGAGAUGAUCUUUUUUGGUUUAAGUAGCCAGAACUGUUAUCCUUGAUCCACUUUAUUCUGUUCCAGAAUGCUUUUGGGUUGGCUUCUUUCUUUUGGUUCUGGGUACCUCCUCUUCCAUGACUGGGUUGGUAUUCAAAGAACUGUUGAUAACUGUUUCUAAUCAAUUUAAACCAAACUUGAUUUUAGUUUUAUAUUCCUAAUCAAUAUAAACCAAACUAGGUAUUUGAGUAACUGUUGGUAUCAAUUUGAAAAUGACUUGAUAACAUUUGGUCUCUCUGAAGAGGUCGCCCAAAAUCGCACUGAAUGGAGAUCCAUGUAUGCUGAUAGGACAGACAGUGGAUCUUUGGUUUUAAAUUCAUUUAAGCCCUAACGAUGGAAAAUAUGAUUGAUUGAAUACAAUGUGCUGGUUUGAGGGAUCAUCAGAGAAUCCAUGAAGUCGACCCAUUUAACUUGGGAAUAAGGCUAUGUUGUUGUUUGUUGUUGUUGAAUCAUUUUCUAUAGGAAAAAACAAUGAAUUCAAAAAAUACGAUGGGAAACCAAAGAGGACAAUAUUCCCUUAUGCUUGCAGGAUUCAUCAAUACAUUAAUAUUUUCGAGGCUGCCAAUGGUUCACACAACAUAAUCGAGUUACAGCCAGUUUCUACUCCUCCAAAUAGUCAUGCGCCUUUCCAAAUGAAACUUCAAGUAGGGUUGUCACUCCCCUUCUUCGGUCCUCGGCAUCUAUUUCUGUACAAAAGACACCAAAGUAUUUUACGGAUAGCAUUCCUAGAUCAUCCUCUAUGCCGGUUCGAAGAGAUUGAAACAUCUUAUGGAAAAGAAAAAAAAAGAUGAUUACUUGCAGAAGAGUUUGAUUGAUGAAUGCCCGCUUCAUCGCAGGAUCUUUUCGAGCAUGUGGGAAAGAAAAAUAGUGCUAGAGUAGUCUGCUCAUGUAGAGAUCAAGGUUUAUAGUAAACUUUUCGGGUUUUAAGCUGUAGCAUUAUACACAACUAGGAAAUUUUGUGCUUGGCUUUGUUUGCCGAUUAGUAUAUGCUAUAUAAGAGUGUAAUUCACAGAUUUAGAAAUGAUGCAAAUUUGAGAUAAAAUUGAGCUUAUUAUUAUUCAACUUGUUUCGAAGUUUACAUGUAAAAGAUUACAAUAUACUGUUUUAUAUGCCCAAUACUUUUUGCUUUAAGCUUAAUCAUGACUUGCAUCUUUUUAGUUCUUGCCUUGAUGAUGGUCAUUUGUGUUCUUAGCAGCUGCUGCAUAACCUGGCAUGAUACACUGUGGUGGACAACCCACCAUGCCCCCAAAACCGCUGCCGCUGCCGCCUCCUCCGAAGCCACUGCCGCCGCCUCCGAAACCACUGCCGCUCCCUCCAAAGCCACUGCCGCCACCCCCAAAGCCACUGCCGCUCCCUCCAAAGCCACUGCCGCCGCCUCCGAAGCCACUACCGCUGCCUCCAAAGCCACUUCCACUUCCACCGCCGCCUCCACCACCACCGUAUGAACCGGUACCAGGUACGAGAGGAACAUAACCAAUUUGAGGAACGGGAAAUUGAGGAACAGGAAUUUGAGGAACAGGAAUUUGAGGAAUAGGAAUUUGAGGAACAGGAAUUUGAGGAACAAAGCCUGCGCUGCCUCCACCGCCACCUCCGUAGCCACUGCCUCCUCCACCUCCACCACCGUAUCCACUUCCUCCUCCACCACCGCCCAUGUUAGCACCACCACUGAUAGGGUAAGGUACAUAAACAACAGCUCCGUUGCCACUGCCUCCGCCGCCGCCUCCUCCGCCGCCACCAUGACCAGACUGAGAACCUCCACCCCCUCCAUUUCCAAUUCCAAUGCCAACACCGCUUCCUCCACCUGAACCAACUCCGUACCCGAGACCUUUUCCUCCACCUGAACCAAUUCCGUACCCGAUACCUUUUGCUCCACCUGAACCAACUCCAUACCCGACACCUUUGGCUCCACCAUAUCCAAUGCCAACACCACGUCCUCCUUCUACCUGCUGUUUAUUCCAGUUUGAACUAUCUUGUUCAUUACUAGUAGAGGAAUCCACAAGGACCCUGUGAGCAAAACUGAAGCUUAAGCAUGUCAGGAUCAACAAACCCUUCAAGAAACUUUUUGUAGUUGCCAUUGUUGUUUCUUGAAAUGUGUUUUACUUCUUAGAUUUGUUGUGCUUUGAAUGUAGAGUUGUUUAUGUAUUUAUAGUGAAGUUUGUUAUAGUUUGGUCUUAAUAUCUGGAAUCAUACAGUUUGUGUGAGUGUGAACUGACGUGCUGUGAUACUGUAUGAUUACAAAUCAUUCAAUAAGGCAUCGACAUUGAAACCUUA